UAUUUUUCCUUCUCUUUCACUGAAUCAUGGAAGAUCGAGUCCAAGACACCAACCGUCAGCCAAACCAUGGCUCUGAAACUGAGAGAAAUGAACCGGUGAGAUCACGGUGGACGCCAAAACCCGAGCAAAUCCUUAUACUUGAAUCCAUCUUCAACAGUGGGAUGGUUAAUCCUCCAAAGAAUGAAACUGUGAGAAUCAGAAAACUGCUCGAGAAAUAUGGCACAGUUGGUGAUGCCAAUGUCUUCUACUGGUUUCAAAACCGAAGGUCGAGGUCUCGUAGGAGGCAACGACAAAUUCAAGCCAGCCUUACUGGAGAACAACAACAAACUCAGACUUCAAGUGCUGGUGGUGCAAUUCAGUAUGAAAAUACUGGUUCUAGUUCUGCUGGUUUUCCACCCAAUUCACUGUGUUUCCCUAUAUAUUCUGCAUCUUGUAGCCUCGUCGGCAAUGAGAAUUCAGAGGAUCUCUUUUCAUUUUCCGGCGGCCAUCCGGGCAUCCCGGAAAUUGAGCAAAAUCCUUCAAUUUUUUGCCCUGCUGAAACUUCAAACUUGCAAUACCAGUCUGGAUUGAUUACAGUGUUUAUCAAUGGAGUUCCAACAGAGAUACCUCAGGGGGCGGUGGACAUGAAAUCCAUGUUUGGUGAAGAAUUUGUCUUAUUUCAUUCGUCAGGAGUGCCAGUUCAAGUAAAUGAGUAUGGUUUUCUGGUGCAGAGUUUGCAGCAUGGUGAAAGCUAUUUCUUGGUUCCAAGAAAUUCUUAAAUUCAAGAUUGAGGGUAUCAGAGCCUGUGGUAUAUUAUGGAAACUGGGGAAAAUUUGUUAUGAUUUGCCUAUUAAAAUUUUUAAUAUUUUCCCUUCUUGUAUCCUUUCCUUGCUUUGUUUUGAUGGCUUAAUUCAAAGCUAGAUGUUAUAUAGAUUUUGGUUGUGGAAUAA